AUGUACGACCUUAUUCGCGACGCGCCUCUUGGCCAAGCGAUUCGAUUCCUCUCAGGAAAGCGGCUGUUCAAAUAUCCAGAAGAGGAGGCGAGCUUUGCACUGCCACCACAGUAUACGGCACGACUGAAAGAGGAGAAACCUGAUAUCGGAAACGCACCCGACCAGAGAAUUUCUGGCGAUACUCAGACCUCUCAGCAGCACCGCCCUGGCGAUGUCGAGAAUAUCGGAGGCGAGUGGAUGCAUGAGCAUGAUGCUCGUGGCGAGCGAGAAAUAGAACUCCAGCGCACAAAGUCCAUUCCAAUCGUGCCCGAGAAAACCAAUGACGGCGUCGUGCUUGUUGAUUGGUACACGACCGAUGACCCGGCGAACCCACAGAACUGGUCGAAGCUCAAGAAGUACUGGAUCACAGGCGUGCUUUGCGCCUAUACGUUUGCCGUGUACUGCGGUGGACCGGUGUAUGUGGCUUCGGCCGCAGGGGUUGAAGAACGCUUCGGAGUAGGCCCAGUUGCUUCCAGUCUGGGACUUGCACUCUAUGUGUGUGCCUUUGGCGUGGGCGAUUUGAUCUUCUCCCCUAUUACCGAGAUCCCUGUCGUAGGACGCAACCACGUCUACUACUUGACCUUUAUCGUCUACUGGGCGCUCUCAUUUGCUCCACCAGUUGUCAACAGCUUCGGAGGCUUGCUGGUCCUACGAUUUCUGCUGGGAUUCUUUGGCAGCCCAGCGCUUGCUAAUGGCGGAGCUUCUGUUGGUGACAUCUACAGUCUACUGUACGUUCCUUACGGUCUCUGUUGGUGGGCUUUUGGAGGUUACCAAGGGCCUUCCAUAGGGCCAUUGAUCGGUGGCUUCGCAGCUCAGGCAAAGGGCUGGAGGUGGCCAAUGUGGGAAGUUGUCUGGCUUUCGUCAAUCAUCUUGGUACUGCUUUUGACUCUUAUGCCUGAGACAUCGGCGGAUAACAUCUUGCUGCGCCGCGCACGCCGCCUUCGCAAGCUGACUGGCAACGCCAAUCUGCAGUCUCAGAGUGAGAUCAACCAACGGCAUAUCAGCACAUAUAGCAUUGUCAAAACUGUCCUCAUCCGACCGACGGAGAUUAUGCUCAAGGAUCCCUCUAUUUUCUUCAUCCAUGUCUACACAGCAUACUUCUAUGCAAUUUUCUAUACAUUCUUCGAGGUCUUCCCGCUUGUCUUCCCGGUUAUAUAUGGCUUCAACGAAGGCGAAACUGGACUUGCAUUUGUGUCAUGUCUCAUCGGUAGCACGACUGCUUUAUUCUCAUACUUUGCAUAUCUUCAUUUCUAUAUGAUUCCGGACAACAUCAAAAACGGCCUGCGAGCGCAAGAGCACAGACUUGUACCAGCAAUCUUUGGCUCAGUCUUGCUCCCGGUGGGCAUGUUCAUGUUUGCGUGGACAGCCAGGGAAUCAGUGCAUUGGAUCGUAUGCUUAAUUAGCGUCGCUCUCUUUGUUUGCGGAGAAUUUAUCGUUAUGCAAUCGUUAUUCAUCUACCUUCCAAUGUCGUAUCCGCAAUAUGCUGCAUCUCUUUUUGCUGGUAACAGUGUCUUGAGAUCAACUCUUGCUGGCGGCGCCGUGCUUUUCGCCAGGCCGUUGUUCGUCAACUUGGGGGUAGCUAGGGGUGUUUCUCUGUUGGCCGGUAUAAGUGUGGCAGGUAUAAUUGGAACGACUAUGAUAUACUUUUUCGGCGCGAAAUUGCGAGCAAGGUCUACCUUUGCCACCAGUUGA